AUGUUGGACACGACUCGGAGCGCACUGCUUUCCACGCUGCUUCUCGCCGCCGCCCUCGUUCCUGCGGGUGUCUUUGGCAGCGUGCAGCACACGUCGAUUGCCUUGGACAGGCGCUCUGCUGCCGUUGAUGACGGAUCCGAGUGCUACAAAGAUUUUGCCACGGACCCUACUUGUGCCAUCGUCAACGUCGCCAUUUUCGAGGACACCGAAUGCAACAAGCCUCUAGAGCUGUUCCGUAGGACAUCGAGGGCGAUGAUCAAGGGCAACGAGCAGAUGAACUGGGAUGGAUCUGUGGCUCACUCUCUGCAACAACCUCUCGGAUCGAUUCGUGUUCUUGCUGCAACUAAAGGUCUCGGCAUCGGAUUCGCAAAGGAGGAAGAAUCGGACACGGUCGUUCAGAACACCGCAUGGAUGUCCGCUGAUCAAGUUUGGGAUGCCUUCCAGACGAAGGACUGUAUCACUUUCCCCAACCUCGACUCGCGUGCGGCGAAGAUUUGGACCGCUAGACGACAGGACAUUAUGAACCAAGGUGGAUACGUGUGGAACCCAGACAACAUUCCCAUCCGGGUCUGUGGCGCAUGCACUACACCCUCCAACAAUGCUGUCGAAAAGAGGCACACGCGACCGCACCAGCACGCGCGCAAUCGCUCGCGCGCUGUCUGCCUCGAACCAGUUUCGUACGGUGCAGGUGGUGUUCUGCUCAUGUACAACUCUUCCGACUGCACCGGCUCAGCCACAAAGCAACUCUACAGCUCAGUGCAAUGCACGUCUCUGUCUACGACCAACUUCAAAUCCUACAAGGCGAUCGCACCUUCCGGACCCACCGUUGAUACGAUCUUCAGCCCGGUCUACUACGAUCUCAAUGCUAAUGGAUAUCACGCUUGCGCUCAGCAGGAUGUCGAUGCAAGGCCCUUCGAGUACAACAAGUGUCAGAAGUUGGUGAACGAGGAUGUCUUUGUCGGCGUGUAUGGCGUCGAUCCUGAUCAUCCGCAGGACGGUCCGGCAAAGGGCGACAAGGUGUUGAAGCAGGGACACGGAGGUCUUCUGUUGGCUCCUAACCCGAAUGCUGGCGGAAAGGGUCAUUGA